AUGAUUAGUUGGUAUGCAUACCACUCAGCAGUCAUCCCUCCCAUCAAUCCCUCAUCAUCUACCACCCUCGCCACCCACCACCCUGCAUACGGUUCCAAGCCCCCAUAUUCCGAAAAUUCCGCAACUCGCUCGCAUACUGGUUCGGUUGUGGCAUUCCCGUACCUCCACGAGCCAAAUACAAGCCGCCGAAAGACGAAGGUAGACCUGACUGUCUAUGUCCCGGGCUCACACCAUAAGGGACUCGGUAUGCAGGAGUUCGAGGGGUCAUGUAGUCCUGCGUUUGCAUGCGUGGAAGAGUGUUGCCGUAGCCUGGCCAUUGUGGUGUUUGUUGGAACUUUUUCGUUUGGGGUUGUGGGUUUCGGUGUUGAAGGCAUUUUGAAGGCAGAUUCGGGGGCGAGGGGGAGAUUUUGCAGCGAGAAUGGCUUCCUUGUAGUGUAUGCGAGCGUGGUGUGGCUCAUUUUGCAUAUUGUCGCUGGUGAAGGUCAGUUGCUGGAUUGUAGGGUGUGGAGUGGAGUGCUUGUCACGAGCACGGUUGUCUCACAUGACGAAAGGUCUCAGCAUGGGUGGGUUUUCAAGGUACUUCGCAUGGAUUCCGAAGACCAGCCGAUAGAAUAUUUUCGUCGUGCGUCAAUGGAACGUGAGCUAUACAUGUAUACAAAAAGGAGAAGUGCCAACUGUCACAUGCACCGGCUUGGCACGAAUGAGGAUCCUUGCGCUUGCCUCUGA